AAACUCUACCGUGUCUCUGCCGUCUUGUCAAUCAACUCCAUCUCUCUUACUCUCUUACUCUCUCUCUCUCUCUCUCUCUCUUUCUCUCUCCCUCCAUUAGUGUCACAUUAUGAGUUCGAAAAUGGGUUUUGAUUUGUGGAAUGAAAUUAUAGCAUCUGCAGAAGAAGAAGAAGAGCAGCAGAAGAACAACGCUGAAGUAGUUUAUCGAAGGAGAAAGCCUCAACAGACUAAUAAAGAUGUGAUCUUGAAUCGGGUUCGUUCGAGUGAGGCGAAUCGGUUGAGUUUGGUUGCUGCUAAGAAUGAGAAGAAUCGGGUCAGUUGGAACCGAUCACUUUCCACCAGAGGGAGGACUAGUAUAGCUAUUGGUGCUUGUAUGGAUAUUCGGCCUCAGCAAAAUCAGGCAAGAAGAAAAGGAAAACCAGCUCUUCCGAAGGGAAAAGUUGUACAACCUGCAAACUUUGACAAGGAGCGAAAAUACUUUCAAGAAGUUGAUGCCUUUGACUUGCUUGAGGAGAGCCCCUCUCCCAAACAUGCUAGUACAUGGACAAGGGGCCAAAAUGAGGAUGUGCUUAUGCCACAUUUGUGCUCAAGAUUAGAGAAAAUUUUAAUAUCCCUGAAGUUAAACCGUGGCUGUGGGCCUUCUAGUUCAUUGUUCAAGUUAUUGAAAACUCCAAACAUGACCUUGCAGCCUAUAAGAACCUUUGAUUUUUCAGGUUUAAGAACCCCAGAAGAAUUUGCUCUCCUAAGCACACCAGCUAUAAAUUCUACCCAAAGUAGAUUUGAGAAAAUUUUAGUGGAGGGAGAUGUACUUGAAAAAGAUGGUAAUUCACAAAAGGGAUGUACAACCUCAGUGUGUGUGAAAGACGAGGACUGUGAAGUCAUAGAAAAUGCAGUAAAGAAACUCUCUUUAGCAUCCACGUCAGCUUCAUCUAGUCUUCAUCAUGUGGAUCCAUUUGAUACACUUUUAGCAGUUUGUGGACUAUCAACUCCUUCAAAGCUACUAGACGUAUUGUCCAACUAUUGUGACCUGAAAAGCAUUUCCAAAAUCGGUGAAGGUACUUAUGGAGAGGCUUUUAAGAUUGGCAAUACUGUUUGCAAGAUAGUACCAAUUGAUGGAGACUUGAAAGUGAAUGGGGAAGUGCAAAAGAAAUCAGAAGAAUUGCUUGAGGAGGUUGUACUCUCCCGAACUCUUAACCUUUUAAGACGCGAAGAUGGGGAUGCUUAUAAUGCGUGCACAUUAUUUAUAGAAACCAUAGAUUUAAAAGUAUGUCAAGGUCUAUAUGAUCCAGUUCUGAUUGAAGCCUGGGAAUGUUGGGAUGAUCAACAUGUUUCUGAAAAUGAUCAUCCGAGAGCAUUUCCAGACAAUCAGUGCUAUGUUGUUUUUGUUUUACAACAUGGGGGUAAAGAUCUAGAAAGCUUUGUGCUCCUGAAUUUUGAUGAAGCACGUAGUCUAUUGGUUCAGGUUACGGCAGCCCUAGCAGUGGCUGAAGCUGCAUAUGAAUUUGAGCAUCGUGACCUGCACUGGGGAAAUGUACUCUUAUGUCGAAAUGAUUCAACAUCUCUGCCUUUUAUUCUUGAGGGGAAGCAUAUGAUUAUUAGAACCUUCGGAUUGUCGAUAUCAAUAAUUGAUUUUACUCUUUCCAGAAUGAAUACUGGUGAAGAUAUACUCUUUUUGGACCUGUCCUCAGACCCUUAUCUCUUUAAAGGUCCUAAAGGCGAUAGACAAUCAGAAACAUAUCGAAAGAUGAAGGAUGUUACAGAAGAUUGCUGGGAAGGAAGUUUCCCCAGAACAAAUGUGUUAUGGUUGCUAUACUUGAUAGAUAUAUUGCUACUGAAAAAAUCAUUUGAACGUUCUUCGAAGAAUGAGAGAGAUAUGCGUUCAUUGAAGAAGCGUUUAGACAAGUAUCAGUCUGCCAAGGAAGCGAUUUUCGAUCCAUUCUUCAGUGACUUGUUAGAAGAUGUUGCAGUUGUGGAGUUAGAAUGAAGAGAAUGUACAGAGAUGGUAAGUAAUAACAUAUAGUAGAAAACUUGCAGUUCUCACUUGUAAAUAUUAACUUGGAAGUAACAAAACAAUGCAAUGAGCUGGUUUUUGCAUUGCCAAUUAGUCUCAUUAUUGACCUCAAUAGUCCCAUGUUACAUGUAA